AUGAAUUUAGGAGGAAGAAUGGUUUCUAUCACAGAAGAGAGCACCGUCGGUCGACGAAUCGUGACAGCAGCGGAGUACGACCGAUGGAAGGCUGUUAACGACGAGAUCCACGUCGAUGUGAAGUGCUCGGCCGAAGAAGUGAUCGUCACAUUAGAAGGAGCGCUCCCAAACACGCCUUUUCACCUGAAAGAUCCUGGCUGCCGCCUUGAGCCGAUCUCGCGAAAUGCCCAGCAGAUUCAGUGCGUCAAAGUCGACCCCACCUCCGGAUAUUUGACUCUUCUUUUAGAUGCUGAACGAUGCAAUGGAGGGCCGAACAUGGGAGCCCAUCGAGACUUAUGGUUGAUGCGAGCGCCUACAGAAGAAGCCUAUCUCUUUGUUGAUAGAUGCUGGGCUGUGCCGAACGAUUAUUCUGACUUGCGACUUGAUCUCGUCUCCGGAGGAUGCAUGGAUGACUCUCUAAGGAAAGAAGGGAUCGAGUUUUCCGUAGUCGAUAAUGGCGAGUCGAAUAGAGUGCACUUUUCCAUUCCUGUUUUCAAAUUCGUCGGCUCAGAACAUGUCUAUCUCCAAUGCCAGGUGAAAGCCUGUCUGAGGCGGACAUGUUUGCCCUCAUGCGGCCACGAAAAGGUAGUUAACGAGUACGAAGAAUUCCUACUCUAUGAGCAGCUAAACGGCACCGAGAUCGUUUACGACGAUGAGUGGGAAGAACUGAUGGAAGAAAAUGGCCCACAGCUCAAAGCGGCGAAUUCUGCUCCACUAAUGAACAAUUUGCCCCAGUUCUCUCAACUCUCUAGUGUUCAUAUUCUCAUCCACGAAGUCGAAGAAGCCCCGGAAAUUAUUAUUGACCGGUUAGGUGCGAUGAUUCUAACAGGAACGGGAUUAACAUUCACUUGA